UCACGCCUCUUUUUCCCUUUUACUGAACCCCCUCCCUCCUUACCGAACCAACGCUUCAUUGUUUCAAACCAAUGUUUUUAGAGACUUCAUACUUGAAGUGCAAUUUUCGCAUAACUGAAUGGUUAGCAUUGUAACCCUUACAAUUCUCCAGAUAUUAUUGACUGCUUCACUGGAUCCAUGUUUUAGUCUUGAUACAUGUGAACGUAGACCCCACUAUCUGUUGGGAAGUGGUGAUAGGGCCACUGAAAAGGUAGGAAAACCAGAAUUCUUCGUCGGCAACAUUGUCUCAAAAAAAUCUGACCUUUUAACUAAUGGUCUUUCUGUUCCCGUGUGACUAAGCUGCAUUUCAUAGCAAGUCGUCUACCGAUCCUCUAGCAUUAUGAUUUGUUUGCUAACACGGAAGUUGAUUAGGUUUUCUCUUGGUUUUUGAAAGAGGAGGAAAAGGGGCAACCUUGGUUUUAAUGAUUCAUUCUGUUUCAGUAAGGAGUUGGUCGAAUUUAAAAAUAUUUCAAUUCAAUUCUUCAAUUAAGAAAUAUUUCAGGUAGAUUCAGGCCUGCAGGCCCAUUACUAUACAGGCACAUCCAUGCUUGUGGAAUAGAUUUAUUGAGACACUCCCUGCAAAUUUGUUUCAGGAUGAGUAUUAUUCUGCUUCUUGUCACUUUUUGGUACGAUUGGUAAGAUAAGAUUGGUAAGAUUGUCGGGGUUUCUUGCUACGGCCUACUUUGGUACUCUUAUUCUCACCCAUAUAACCCUUCAAUGGAAAAAAAUAGCGAAACUGGGUCAGGAUUGCAAUCCUGAUAAUGUAUACGUGCGUUGAAACCGGUUACGAUGCUCGAUCGUCAUCCCUAAACUCCCGAUCAUGGUUGCAACUUGAAUCCGUGUAAACUGCAACCCCGACCGGGACCCCCAUUCCGGUUUUGAUACAUUUGGUUCGUCUCAACCCAGGUACAGGUGUCUAAAUACUCAUUUCGUUUGAUGAUAUCAACUUUUAAACGUGAAAUUCAUUUCUCUUUGAAGCAUUCUUUAAUAAUGAAUAUUUUUCGACUUCUACUGUGCAACUGUUGAUGAUCCUGUUCACUUCUGUUAUCAUGGGUCAAAAGAGACCUCAUUUUGGUCCUAAUACACAAAAGCCAUUCCUCUAUCAUAUUUUCCCAUCUGUUUUUCUCUGUUUUUUCACGACACUAGGCCUUUGUUGCAUAACUUAAGGAUUUUCUUUCUUAAAGCUGUACUUUUAAAAUGCCGCCCAUAUGCCUCAGAAGAAAAACCAGACGAUUUAAAGUCUUGCUCGCUUAUUGUCUGCAACUCAAUUAAGGUACCGAUUUCCCUACAAUUUUGCUGGUCAGCUCAUUCAUUUUAUUCCAUUCAGUUAUUUUAUAUUUCUUUGGUUAAGCACCUAGUGCUCAAGGACCUAUUUCAGACAUAAAAACCGUAAGGUUUUCACCCUAAACGGUUCUACAAUAUCUAAUUGUAUUUUCAAAGCAAAUACCCAGUGGCAGAGAUUGAAAGAAGCAAAUAUUCUUCCUAAAAACGUUGGUUGUUUGGGUGUCCUGUUGAUAACGAUACAUUCUAAAUGUGUUCCACAUAGUUUCAAAUGUGCUCGUUCUCCCUCCAACCAAAGAGUCGGAGCUUGCAAAACUUAUAUAAACAAAGUAUACGUCUGCCAUUAAUGACUACAUCUUUGUUGCUAGACUAUGAGGCUGCAGUUCCACGAUACUUGUUACAUUUGUAACUGCGACAGUAAAGUCUUGCGUUUCCACUGGACCCGAAGGAACAGUUCCAUUUAGGAAUACUAGCUGUACCAAAGCUAGUCCGGUGACGAAGCAGGUCAUAUUUUGAAUCCAACGUGAAUCCCCGCUUUUUGCCAAAAAUGCAAAAAAUUUACCUAUGAAUCACCAGUCCCCACUUCUUUUAAACUCCCCACUUUUCUCAACGCUCAGCGGUGCCUGAAAUGUUGCUAGAAAGUGUACAAAACCAUGAUAGAAAUGUAAGAGCGACAUCUCACUCGCCCCUUCGAGGCUGACUCGUGUCAAAGGUAGUCUUGUUUUGGACAAAGAGCCCGUUUCACUGAGAAUUUGACGGCAAAAUGGAAUGUAAGUUGAGGGGUUUAGUUAGACUAGCUAAGUUAUAUUUUUUCUUCUUGCUUAUACGGAUAGGAACCGAAACGUUGGUUCUUGCUUUCAAGCAAAGAAAUAUGCUGUACUGUCACUAUGGUCACUAUAGUGUCAAGUUGUCAACUUGCCGGUCUUUGACAUCUAAAAGCAAAAAGAAAGCCUCCUUUUAUAUCCAGAUAUUCCAGGCCUAAUAGUUGUUGAUCUGAUUGUGCUGCAGCCAAUGGCGAUGCAAGGAUGAAAAUAAGUAGAGAUGGGCCGGUUCACACGAAAAGAAGCAAAAAUAAUGCAAUUAUCACUGUUUGGGCCUGGGUCCUAGUACCCCAGUUCAAAAAUUACCCAAGUUUCCUAAGUAUCAUUCUAGUUUCUGAUUCCGCACGAUAUUUUGGCUUGUAGGCCUGUUCGUUUUCACCCAAGAAAUCCACUGGCAACAUUUUCAAUAGUCAAGUCGCACUGGCUGGGCAACAUUUACAGUCAUGUGCUCGCGUUUCUGUGUAUAUAUAUAUAUUUCCUAGAUUUUAGUUUUCGAUGUUCUGUCGUUUUAUGCUCCGAGUGUCAGGCGAAAAGCUUUUGUAUGAAUCAAAAUAUUUGCUUUUUUAAAGCCAUUUUCAUUUUUGUACCACCGAAUGACUCCAUACAUCCCUGACUACCACGAAAACGAGAAGCCUAAACUAUAGCAAAGAUACGGCUUGAAAUUGAAUUGUCCAAAGCUGUCUCGUAUAAACGCUGCCUGAUAGUUUCCUUGCUAUUCCUAAUAUCAUUAGCAUAAACCAUUCAUUUCAUCAAGCCUUACGCUUUGUGUUUCUGCUCAAGAACAAUAUUUUCUUCGUAAUAGCAGCUGCGGAAACAGUUUUUACUUUCCUCUGACAUCAAGAGCUUGAGACAGCAAUUCUUUGAAGUUUGGCAUUGUAAAAAUGCACGUCAAUUUUCAAAGAAACGUUUAUAGUUGCCCUUGUACCAUAUUCCCUGCCACAGUUACUGUUUCAUUUCCUUGGAAAAAAACAGUAAGGAUGUUUUUAAUUGAACUCAAAAGUCACAUUUUCUUGACUUCCGUUAAGGAUUGUCAUCCUGCUCAGUUACUUUUGAUAUCAUAGUGGGCAAUAUGGGAUUGUUGCACAGUUUUAUUUCCUUGCCUUUCGACUUCCAGGCGCCUUGAAGAUUCCUAAACGUCAGCCAUUCAUCUGAUUUAUCAUUAUAUCGAUCAAUCAUCUAUCCAUCACGUGUCAAUAUCAUUCAAAUGUGCAGUCCAGACAACAAGCUUUUCGCAUCCGCUCAUCUUUUUUGAGCUUUGUUUGAACCUUGAAAGCUUUGUGCUCGUGAGAAAGCGCCUCUUUGUAGAGUUUGCUCUCUGCUCUUGCCUCGAGACGAUUUAUUUUGGAAGAGUUUCGUGAAUGUUCGUCAUAGCGAUUCUAAGUUUCCAACGCAAAAAUGCAAUAAAGCGUAAGAUUUGAAUUGAGCGAAUGGAAAAGAUUCCCCAUGUACAGUACAGUGGGGCUGGAUAGAUCACAAUUAGAUCAUCUACAUAUUUAUUAUUUAUAACAGCGUCACGCUGUGGCUUGAUAUGGCUACUUUGGUGUUUUGCAGAGGUUUCUUUCUUAGGCCAUCUGAAAAUGAAGCCAUUUAAUAUAAACAUCGAUCUUUUGAUCUCUCCAUGUUUCAUUGAAUAAUAAGCUGUAUAGGCUCUUAUGACAAGAAGGAACAUCUCGAGGUUUAUAGAUCAGUUGGGUACUUAAUUUGGAUAUUUAAUCGAUUUUAAUUUUUGACUACGAGAGGAGCUGAACGAAACAAUUGCACGAAGAUCCUGCAAGGCUCUGAAUAGCAAUCCUUAAAAAAGAGUCAAUCUUCCGUGAAAUGCCUCAUAAAUUGACACUAUCCGAUAACGGACACCUGUUUGUAACGGAUACCCCAACUAUUGGGCAAGAGCUUUGUCUCGAUCGGUAUCCUGCUGUCAAAUCUUUGCACAGGCAAUGGAUAGCUCUCUACAAUGGAGAGUAACGCUGGUCCUUAAAAAUUUUUGUGAUUUAGAAGUCUCACUGUACUCAAUAAAGCUAACUCUAGAAACAAGUUUUGAUGCCAGUAAUUUACCUUGACGCCUAUACUGUCGUUGAUUCGUAAGAUAACUCCUGGUGGCAAAACGUGUUGUGGCGUACGCCUCACGGAUAAAUGGAAGUGAUUUUCAGGACUCCUCCAAAUUAGAAGAAGUUGGACUUUCUAAGCUCUGUGGAGCAAGUCGUACCGGCUAGGUUUGGUUUUGUGUAAAGAGCUCUCAUUUGAUCCAAAAGUCGUUGCACUGUGCUAGCUGGCCGACAGACGACACAACCUGGGAUUCACAAUUCAAUGAAUAAUCCCGAAUUCAAGCUAUUUCCUAUUCAGCUCAGGGACCCAACCUGUUUAUGACAUUGUUACAUGAAGAUAGGUUUCAAGUAAGAGGCGAUUUUACUUCAUUUCUCCUUUUGUACAACAAAAUAAAAUAUUACUAUUAUGUUAACAGUAAAAGAACAACGAAAUGAGAGAAAUUUUCAGUAACAAGGCUGCGAACUGUUAUACUCUUCAAAUUCCAAGUCCUCGCUGCUGCCUUUGUGCUGCCUUUGUGCUGCCUUCGUGUCCCCCCGUGCCGCCCCCGCUAUAGCCGCGGCUCUAGUGCCCAUUGCCUAAAAAAGGGAUCAUCUGCCUAUCACCUUGACAUAGUUUGAUCCUCAAUGUCCGCUUUACAAAUCUGCCUGUUUUCUAUUGCUCCUCUGUAUCAAUUCAUCCCUUUUCUCCAUCAAUUUAGUGAUGUUUUGAUAUUUUGAAUAAAAUACCAACAAAUUAGCCAUACGAAAUGAUCACUAAAGUAUGUUCAUAUUGUUACAACUUCAUAUCGUUUUUCUUUGUCUCUCUGAAAAUCUUAAGGUAUUCACUGAACUAGUUUAAAUAGAUCCUAUCAUGACUAAUAAGACCAGAACAAUCAUUUUGCAUCAAUGUUCGCCAUUUUUCUCUGUUGUUGGCAUUAUCGAUUUAGGCCAUUACAGCCUUCAGUUAUAACCUAUCUAGUAAAUAAAUCAGUGCGAAAUAGGUUUUCAACGACUUCAACACUCAUACAGUUUUCAUUAUCAUGUGUUGUGUAUCAGAACCACCUGGUGAAAACGUCUCCUUCAAGCUGUUCUGUUUACAACACACACGUUGUACAUUGCCUGAAUAUCAGAUAGGCUUAUUCUUCCCGAAGUUUCUCAAAUUUCCUCAAUUUGUAGGCUAACGACACAAGCGAUUUCGUUGAUUUAUUUGCUUAAUAAUUUAGAUAAGAAUGAAUUUUGAUGUAUUUUCAGCAUUGCUUCUUUGUCAGUUAGUGAUGUGUUGGUGAUGACCGUUUGUUUGCCAUUACAGUUAGAAGCACAUUAGAAACAGCCAUUGACCGCUGGUGUUUAAGCACGCUUAAAAGCAUCCAUUUUCUCCUUCCCAAUUUUACUAACCCUUUGUAAACUUGACUGUACCAUGAAGCAUUGCCGUAGCUACUUUGUUUUAAGCAUGGUCGAGCCUUUCACCUUUAAACAUAAUCAUAAAAACCCUCUGUUUUCAAUUAACAAUAUUUUUUGUUCCUAUUGUUCUCAAACACUGAUUCAUCCUAUCAGCAUUGAGCUUUAAAGUGGACCUGGCAGGGGUUUUGUUGAUGUUUCCUUGAUGAAAAUUCGAUGCUCUUGGCGAAAGAGAAAGGCUCUGUUAUGCAAAGUUUCCUUUAGCUUUAGAGAUCUGUAGGUGUUUUGCACCCAGACGGGCACCCAAAACUAGCCAUAGCUGAUGCAAAUUUUUCCAGCAUCAAAUAACUCAUUUGCAGGAAGUAGGCAUUUUGGGCCAUGGAACCCUCAUCCCACCAGCUAGGAACUGUCAUCAAUUACUAAGCAUAAAUUUCGCCAUUUCCUAAAAGUAAGACUCGAACCUUAUACUUGAAAAUCCCGCCUUUCCAUUUGUUGUAUGUAAAUAAAGAAAAAGCCACGGUAACUGGCAGGCUGCUCGACGGACUCCAAAAGGAAUGCUUGCGGCGAAAAGUCAGUGAAAACGUAGAAAAUAAGGAACGCCGCAACGCGCCGAGCACAAACAACAAUAAACACAAGCAAAUACAUAAUGGUUAAUAAUCGCCCCGGCGUACGGGGCUUCAUCAGAGCAAAAGUGUGUUAUUUCCAUCUGUUAUUUGAUUAAUCCUUUGAAUAAAUUCGUAUAUAAUUCAAAUUUAGAACAAGCACUUUAGUAGAUACGUCAGUGAAAAGUGCAUAUUCAUUUUGUGGGUUGCUGACUCUACUUUCCACCUGUGUAUUCACUAGAUAGAUUUAUUCGAAACUGCAAGUACUCCGAAUCUAAUUAAGAUUAAUGACAAGUGGGAUGGCUCAGAUUGAUAGCGAUGUUUUGUAACUUUUGCUCUCGUUCUAUGACCUAGGAUGUGGCAUUAAAACGAGGCCAGUCACACCAGAAGGAGCGCCUCAGUCGUGAAGAAACGGUUUGAUUUUUAGGGACAAAAAUAUAAAUAGUAGCUUACUGCUAAAGACUCGGCAGCUAGGCAGAUUUUCUUCAUUCAUAAGAUCUUUAUUAAUGAAUCGGUUACUUGCUUUAAGGAGACUGUAAAUUCUUGAUGUUUCGACUUGGCCUACUUUUUUCCUGCUUUCCUUUUCUCUCUUUCUCUCUUCCUUUGCCUAAACAUAACACGUACAUUGAAAAUUACACUCCACUUAGGUAGGAGAGUCAUCUUGUGCAGCUUUUCACUUUCCCAACAGUUCGGAACAAGCACCGUGAAUAAAUGGCAGGUGAUUUUUUUAAGCAAUCGAUUCGCGUUCACUCUUAAGUUGAUGCUCUGUUGUAGCAGAUGUCUUCUCAGAAAACAUUACUGGAUCCUUGAAAUGUCUUCUAGAGGCAAAUUGGAGUAUCGAGAAUAAGUCUUUCGAUGCAACGCAAACUGCUGGAGCCAUUGCAGAUGGAACUGCUAGGCAUGCUUAAACGGGUCCACACUAGUGCAAAUCUACUUACGAUUUCAAGUUGCGUUUCGUAAAUGUGUCAUUGACCCACAAAGGUCGAUUGGACAUUUCCAGAAAUCGCCAACUGUGGAACACUGAUCCUGCUUCGCAGCGUUGUAAGGUCGUUUUCCCAAUGAAACCGGUCCAGUUCGACCUAAUCUCAAAUACCCUUAUAGACUCACUUAGAAAGCCUUGAAACGAAUCUUAAGGUCUGCUCCUAAUUAUGAAAAAACUUCCAACUUGCAGAUGGUUGUUGCUUGUUUCGUGUGACUUGCCGUGAUUGAAAAAGAGGGCACACCAAUGUAAUGAUUUUCUGAAAAACACAAAAAUGAAGUAUUAUGUAAUAAGCUAGUAUAAAGGUACCAUUUCACUCGUCCCAAACUAAGGCUGCGUUUGCACGAUGCUGGAAGGCUUUCCGUUUACACUAGUACUGGGCUACCCGUAUCAAAAUUGAUUGGGUUACCCGUACAACUUUUGGUCCUUAUAGCUAGACGAUGUCAAAGUUAUCCGGCAUCGUGUAUACGGGGUAUCCAAACAGCUUCUGUUACGGAUUCAUAGCGAAGCGGCGAUUUUGACUGCACCACAUAAUGUGACAAUGGCAGUACGAUAUGACCGCAUGUUUCGAAUACGCCAACAGCAAUCAUUUUAUGUUGUUGAUCAGAGCUCUUUAAGGAUCCAGCACAUCAGAAAAUCUCUUAAAAAGGCAUCUAAGAAGAGAAGUAUGUGCCUGGCAGAAUUCAUUCAUUUUUAUUCAUUAAUUUUGAAUUCUUUUUACAUGGUGGCACCGCAAACCAAAUUAGGCUGCUUUUCAGGGUUUAUCCGUACUCUGGUAAAAAGGAAGUCUAUCUGUAUCAAAAGUUGUUCGGCACCGUGUAAACGCGAUAAAUCCGCAUAACAUUUUAUCCGGAUCAAAAGUUAUCCGGCACCGCGUAAACGCAGCCUAAGUAGCAGUCUUGUUGAGAACACCUGUGAAAUCUAGCUUCAGAAAGAAAAUUGAUUUUGGCUCAUGUGAACAGAGACACAUUUUGUCAUCUGCACACGGUAGUAUAGAGUGAUUCACCUAACCAUUGCUGACAUUUUCCCAGAUAAACCAGUUUACAAACAUGGAUGAGUCCUCUAGGCGAUCAAUGUUCAGUGGUAAUGGACCUGGCAAAAGUAUGCUUUGCCCAUCGCUUAUAUCUUUGAGUUAUGACUUGUUGUAGCCAUAAUGUCUGUCUUGUUAGAUACAAUACAAACUUUAGAAUAUUGACAAAAGCGUAGUUUGUCCUUAAAAUGCUACCAUUGGAAGUGCGUUUUGAGCCCCAACUAAGACAUGCCAGUUUUUCUAAUAAAGUAUGAUGUAAAUUGGAGAAGUAAAAGUGAGCAAUGGUAGCUGGAGUUAGAUUGAGAGGCAGUAGCAAGCUCUCUGUUAUAACAUUUCAAAUGCUCAAACAAAAGCAACCUCGUUUGAAAUAAACUCGAAAUCAUUCAGGGGGAGCAUUCCACUCUAUGUUCGAUGGGAUAAAGAACAACCAAAAUAAAACUUCGCUUAAGAGAAUAAUGAAUGAACAAGGAUGGGUUCAAUGCUUUAGUAUUAUACUGAAAAUUGAUUUUGUAUUUAAAAUUUCGUUUUUAAUUUUAAUUUCGUAGUUAAACCUGUAACUAGAAAAAGCUUUAAAUAUUGUGUAGCCUACUCUAUUUACAGAUAGAGCAAGUACUUGUGACCAGAGAUUUCUUUAGAACCAUAUUUUUCGUUGUCCGCUGUAUGAAAACAUUAACCUCCGGGCAAACGCUCGCAACAUUUUCACUGAACAACGCUUAACAUCGUUGUGCCGUGUAUAGUGUGAUCUUGCCAAAGGGUUAACGAACAUUUAACUAAACAUUUGACUUCAGAUUGAUACUACCAAGUAUAAAUAUGUUCCAAUAACAAUUCAUUUCUUCAAACUAUUGAAUCUAACUUUAUCUCGUCGUCACUCCAUUCUUACUUUUACUUCAGGUAAAGAUUUCUUUGUAUCGCUAGACUUUCUUCUUUUUGUGGCCUAGCCUUCACGUCUUCUUUUACUGUACCCUUCCCAGUCCUCCGUUUCCUUCAUGAGCUUGGGUUUGUGAAGUGUUAAUGAAAGAGGCCGAUUGCGUAAAUUCUUCUUAUCCACGGUCCAAAGCUGCAAGUUCAGCACGGAUAUUACCAAAUGUGCAAUGAGAAACACAUUUACAGUAGACCGUAUGCAAAAACUGUCAGUACGUGUGCAUGCAAUGAACAUUGUUGAGAAAUGUGGCCAAACGGUCUCAACAUUGUUCAGUCGAGAUAAUUUUCUCAACAUAGUCCACUGAAAGUUUUUUAACCAGUAUCGAAAUUUGCUGAACAACUUUAAACAGCAACGGUCUCAACAUAGUCCACUGAAAAUUUUCUAACCAAUAUCGAAAUUUGCAAUAUCGAAAACAACUUUAAACAAAUCUUAAGUGUUUGAACAAGGCUGUCAAAAGGUCUCAACAUUUACUGAAUAUGAAUGCUGGGGAAAAUGUUCAAUGAAAUUUUGAGAGUGCUUGGCUGGGGAUUUAGUGAAACGCCUAUGAACUAGCAGUGUUGGGAUGACGUCAUAGACGCUAUCUCGGUAAAAUCGUUGGUUGACCAUCUAUAUGUUGAUCAAACACUGUAUGUUCCUACUUCAUUAGACGUAUGUGUCAAAUAUGUUUUUAUUAUUUGAUUGUUUUGACGAUAAGUGCUCCAGCCAAACAAGUUUGCAGGUAGGUAUAAUGGGAUGCGUUAGGCUAUUUCUUGCAGGAUAAUCAACUAGAAUAAUAGACUCAGGACCUUGGAAGAUUUUCACAACUGCAGCAUUUCAAUUAGACAGCCAGCUUCAAUAAUAGCAUAGUAGUGAUAAGGAGAUGGUGAUUUGAAUUUGUUUGUGAAGAGCGUGUUUUUAUCUCUUGAGUCACACGCGGGCACGUUGUUGCUGAGUUUUAGAUAACGUUAUCACAACAGCGUAGUUUUCGUAUUGUCUGAUCUAUGAGCAUUCACAGAGCGCUCAAGGGAAAAGGAGUUCUGAAUUGGUACAUUGCCUGGUUUUUUAUUGUAUUAGUUAAACGAUUGUCAAAUGACCUCAUUUCCAUUUCAUCAAUAUUUGAAUACGAUACCCAAUCAUCUCACAAUAGGAGGAACUUUCUUGAAAAUUUCCAACUAAGGGGUAUAAAAAUAGACUAUUUACAAAAUCGCACAUCAAACAAUCAAUCGACUCCUUUCUUCUAGAUUUCCUUUUACAGCAGCAAGCAGAAAGAGUAAUUUCCUUUUGAAAGCCUAAUCCAACAUUCGUUAACAUGGUGUAUUCCUUUUGGUGUUGUACCCGAGAUCUUCAAGGUCUUACGCUGUAAGAUUUGGGGUGUUUAGUCAAGCAAAAGCGUUGACUGUUAUCGAAAUAAAUUAAAGGCCGUCUGCAACCUAAGAUGUCCGCUAUGCUUUGCCCAAUUCGCAGCAUUGCUAUUAUGUCAUCCACAUAGAGACGGAGUGCAAUUCCUCUUAAGGCAGCAGAAAAGAAUUGAUUGCAUUGAACCCAAGUAACUGAUGCAGGUACGCAGAUUUUAAUGUUUCCUAUCAUUUGUGAUAACACUCAUGCAAGUAAGGUUUUUUCAAGUCCAGAAAAAAUGUCGUUGUAGGAACUCAUUACUUGAAGGAUGAUGGCCAUUUUUAUAGUAUUUGUUUUUAAAAGCAUCAACUACCUUGCCCAAGUACCUAAUAAAGGCAUGGCUUCAGGAAUCAAAUUGAGUGUCAAUAUGUGGUUCCCUUUUUCUUCAAGAAUGACUUGAAUAUUUCAUAAUGUCAGGCGAUAAUUAAUCGCAUUUUCUGAAUAUCAUAGCUUUGAAGAUUCCAGUAACUUUUCACCACAAACUAUUGAUUGUUGGCCAACGGUGCAAAUUCGGUUCAAUGCUAACCUGCAUUUUUCUACUCGUCAAUUUUUAGCAUGCACCUAAUUUAAUUAGAUUUUUGCCUACGUGAAAAUUUUGAAUUUGCAUUUGACAAUAGACCGGGAACAACUGAAGCUCCUUUCGAGAUGGUGUCUCCUUCGAAGGAGCGCUCUGACAUCCCAGAGGCAUAUUUGCUACCCCCGUCUUCAUGAGCAUAGGAAACGUAUCAUCUAAGAGGCUUGUAAGAAAGGCAACGGUAUUGUUAUAUAGCAAAAAAACUGUUUGCUUUCUAUGCAACUCGUCUAAACCACCUACUCUUGCUUUUAGAAAUAAAUCCUGUCUGGUGUAACAGCAAAGUAGGCUUGCUUCGAUUUAGCCUGUUCCAAGAAUAUGCAAAUGAACGCGCGAUCAACUACAUUAGCAAGAGCAGGUGCUCACUAGCACAAUAGUUAGUAUUUCUAAAUCAGAUGAACUUGGCCGGCUGCAUCUUUGUGCAAAACACUCAUUAGCGCUUUCACGUUGUGUACGUGUUACAACAGGAGCAGGCUUAGAUUUCCCCGUUUAUUGCUGGUCGCCAGUUCUUAUAAAGGGUUACGUUAAAGCAACGAAGUUGUCCCCAUCGACAUGGCAGGAAUUUGUGUUUCGCCACCUCUCAGUCGAGAUGAAGACCGGCUCCAACAUCGUUAGUUCUUUCAGAAGAUUUCGCGCCAUGUCGACCCAAAAGGAAAACAGUAUCGACAGUACUACUCCUCCGCAGUCAGCGUUAGGUAAUGGACGCAGCACCACCAAAACACAACGGACAGCAAAGCGUGGUCAGCGGGGAAUCACACUUGGUACAUUUCCAUCCAAGCCAAUGCGGAGGCGAUCGACAUUUUUGAAUGUUCUUGAUAAUGGAAAAGAAAGACAAUAUACUGAAGAUGAAAAAAGGUUCCUGCGAAAACUUCAUUUUGUCAGCACAAUAUCCCCAACCAGGGAGGAACCUUCGAAAAUGAAAGUCUGGGGUAUAGCUUUCAAGGGACCGGACAAAAAAUUUGUCAUCGAUCCAUCAGGCAGGCUGAAUUAUUACUGGCACAUGUGGCUGGCAAUAAUGUUUAUGUACUCGACGAACAUCAUAACACUUCGAGCUGCUUUUUCAGAAAUUCACAAGCUGCAUCUUGCUGUAUGGCUGGCAAUUGACUAUCUACUGGAUGUUUUCAAUGUAUUGGACAUAUUCAUGCACACCAGACUCGCUUAUAUGGAUGAGGGUAUCCUUGAGUGCAAUAUAAAGAAGAUCCAGAGACGUUACAUGCGUAGCUACUCUUUUGCACUUGAUAUGAUUGCGGUUUUGCCAAUCGACCUGUGCUUCCCGACAGCAACGUUCCAGCCAGCCCUUCGUUUGAACAGACUUUUUAAAAUACACAGACUCUUAAAGUUCAUCGAAAAGGCAGAAAGCUCGACAACUUAUCCGAAUACUCUAAGAGUGUCAAUUCUUGUCAUUUUUAUGUUCACCGUGAUUCACCUAAAUGCUUGCCUUUACUUUAAGGUUUCAGAGGCAAUAGGUUUUGGCUCAGACGAGUGGGUGUAUCCUGGAGUUCUUGGAAUGACAAAACUAAACGAGACCUACGCCUCAUUAACGCGGCAGUACGUUCAGUGUUUCUACUGGUCCACAUUCACGUUGACAACGAUUGGGGAGUUGACGAAGCCACAAACAACAUUAGAGUUUUCAUUCGUCAUUUUGGAUUUUCUACUUGGCAUUCUCCUAUUUGCAUCAGUUGUUGGUUACCUAGGUAAUGUAGUUCAAAAUACCCAAGUUGCAAGGUCACAUUUCCAGCAACGGUUAGAUGCAAUCAAGGCAUACAUGCAGCACCACCGAUUGCCUUAUGGUAUCAAAAAGCGCGUGAUUCACUGGUUUGAUUAUGUUUGGUCCAAUAACAAGCAUCAAAGCAGUGAUGAGGUACUGAGUUGCCUGCCGAAAAAACUCCAAGCUGAAAUUGCUAUUCACGUCCAUCUUGAUACCCUACGCAAAUGCAACAUGUUGCAAGACUGUGAUACUGGUUUUCUUUAUGAGUUGGUUCUUCGUCUCAGGAUACAACUCUUUUUACCAGGGGAUUACAUAUGUAGAAAAGGAGACGUGGGGCAUGAAAUGUACAUUAUACAUAGAGGCAAGGUGGAAGUCGUAUCUGCAGAUGGCUGUGCUGUGUACGCAACACUGGAGCCUGGGUUCUACUUUGGAGAAAUCAGUUUGCUUAAUAUAGGACCAUUUGGUAAUCGGCGGACAUCAAAUGUGCGGUCUGUUGGCUUUAGUGAACUAUUUGUCAUAACAAAGCAGGAUUUGAAUAAUAUUCUUGCAGAGUACCCGGAAACUAAAGAUAAAAUCAUCUCGCUAGCGAAUGAACGCUUAGCGCGAGAUGGCAAGACAAAAGAGGAAACAGUAUCAGGAUUCAGUACUCCUCAAAGAUCAAGAAGGCCAUCUGCGAUAGCGGAGCAAGCCCCUUCAUCACCAAGCAAACAGGGGUCUGGUGAAGAGAAGUUUUCAGAUAGACUAGAUCAGCUAGAGAACCACAUAUACAUGAAAACGAGACUCGAUCAAUUACGACAAGAAGAUAGAUUAUCUCGCAUGGAAAGUGCUAUCAAUAUGUUACUGGAGGAGAAAGAAUAAGUCACUUGUGAUUGCAAUGUGCAAAUUAAUCGCCUACAGGAAAUUAAUGUUGGGCAAUUUUCUAACAUAACUGAUUCUCAAUAGGCUAACUCUAAACCAGCAGUAUUUAUCUUACAGAGAAAGUAAUCUGUUUAGAGUCAAUUUGAACUACGUAAUGGUGAUUGGGUACAGGCAAUCUGCACAUUAAAUGGUUUAUAUUUGGGCGUAGAGUGAAAUUGCAAAGGUACUGGACACCUUUAAAUUUAGCUGCACUUAGUAUAAAGAAUUCUCUAUAUUUUUUGUCAUGGAAUUACGCGCGGAAUGGUGACAUGAUUUGUUUACCACAGUAAAAUAACAUGCAAAGCAAUUAUUUGUAUCACUAUUACAUUAACAACUAAAAGGACACUUAAAGUGGGCUUACUUUGUUGAAACUGAUAGAACUUUAAUUUGUUGAUCAUUGAGUGAAACAGAUAAAAUUUUCUAAGGUUUUUUUGAUUCCAUAGAAUCUCUUGUAAUUUAAAGAUAAAUGCGAUAAUUGAAUUUAAAAUUAUUUUUAAAGGACGUUUUGAAACACAUUCAACUCUGUCUGAUUCAUACAGGUGUAAUUCGGACUUUUACUAAUUCGGAAGAAAUUCUCCGGACACUUGAAAAUCUCUGAAUAAACCUUUACAAAAACCUCUGUAAUCCGGAUCUCUGUAAUUCAAACCUUUCGUUAUGCGACCAAUUUUGUUGAUCCCUUGUGGAAAAACCAGAGUUUUCGAAUUACACAGAGUUGACUGCAGUUAUUAGAGGGCAAUUGCCCCUCCAACCCUAGUAACUUAAAAGGGUUAUGCUUUAUCAAAUCUCUAAUAAGGGUUAUGCUUCAUUGGAGUGAAUUAUUUUUAAAAUUAGUUACUUUUGGUAUAAUUGUUGCAGACAAUAAUGUUGCAACCCAUUAAAUCAUUAAACUUUGCUAUAACAACUUUAUGCUACUGAAGAACUACAUUUUCUGUAACCAUUGUGUAUGUCGAAAAAUAUUUGAUGAACAUUGCAUUGACGCAGCUGGAUCUGCUAUAUAAUUUUUGCAUGACGCCUGGCCUGUUUUGGAAGAAAAGCGGUAAGCCAGCUAUCUUUCAUUUGCAUCCUCUUAUCACAACUUAUCAUUUGCAUCCUCUUGGUUGCCAAUGUAUGCAUUUACAAACUGUAUCCAACAUACCAAAUCAGUUAAACAUUCAUGUUUACCAGAUGUUUGAAAUCUUUUUAAGUUCUCUUACUGUUUUUUAUUCUUGUCCUCUCAUUGUUUUUGCUGCCUGAGAUUGGAAAACAUUUUGCAUCUUUGCAUGUUAUAAAUGUGACUUCAUUGUUAGUCUUCUCAUCCCUGUUGUUGCACAUUAUAGCUGUGUACCUUCCGAAUGAAUCAAAAGUUAAUUACACUCAGUAGAAAGGAACAAAAAUAUGCUUGGCUCAUUAGUAAAUAAUAUCUUUUAAGAUGUCUGCUUAUCAAGCCUUGGUUUGUUACUAUCAAUUCUUGCCCUCAAAAAAUCAUUUGAAUUUGUUCUUGGCUUGUAUUUCAAGACAGUGUUCAUUCAAUUGUAGAAUUAAUAUGCAAAUCAGCUUUAUAAAUGAUCUCAGAAUAUUUAAGCUGCAUGAAAGUGUUUGCAUAUGAUGAAGAACUUUAGUUCAAGAGUUUCCUCUUAAAACCUUGUCGCUCGAUUCAUUUCACAGUCUGUGACAGAGUAGUAUGCACUGCAGACCAAACUCAUCAUUGAAGAGUCAGGUCUACCUCCUACUCUUCCAUGAGAAUUCGAGGUUACGGCCCAGGCUAGCAUUUGGUUGGAUUCACACAAUCUCGAUACAUUUGAAGGAAAUUCUAAUAGCUUAUUUAUCACGGACGCCGUUGUGAGCGCAAAAUUUUUCCUAAAUUUGAUGUCGUGAUAAUUUUUUACAUGCUGGCAUAGUGGUGUGGUCAAAAAUUUUGCUUCAAGCAUUUUUAUUUUGAACAUGAAACCUGAAGUAGACCAUCCUUUGCAGAUAAGCUGAGAUAUUGUCAAUGAAGUAUUGGAAAUUGCUUAUGGGUUACAGUUACUUAGCCUCAGGUCACAGUCAUUAGAAACAACGUCAAGUUUGAUCCAGAAAUAAGCCUGCGUUCAAGUGGUUAUCUUUAAUAGAUAUAUAGGCCGAAAUGACCCUUAAUCUAUUACAACAGAACAAAAUGACAUAAAACUUUAAUAAAGAAUUUGAAAGGCCACAAUGCCAAUGAUAGGUCGCAUAUUGCAAUAUUUUGCAGAUUUAAAGCGAUCUCUUCAGAUUCAACUAAUAUUUUGUGUAUAGAGGCAUCUUAUGGGAUUAUUUUAAAGAGUGUGUUCUGAUUUCGAAAUCUUUCAAAGUAGCUUUUAUCAUUACAUUAACAAAAGCGGCGACAUAAAUGCAUUGCAAUAGUGGUUUCCUUCUAUUGAAUCCAUUGACAGUCCAGUACUUGAUAAAAUCAGUAAAUUAAAUCCAUUUUAAGGAUUUACUCUACUGAUUUAAAUGUUAAUUUUAAAUGUAAAUAGUUGAGUAUAUAUGACAGGUAAUGCCAUUUUCCCAAAAGGAUAUGAUUUAAUGUGCUAUACAACGGCAAGAUAUUAAUAUUGCAUUAAUAGACAUCAAACUGCCUAAACUUAAAAAUUAAGACGCCCGAAGAAACAACUGGAACACUUGGGAGACAUGGGUGGUGAAGAUAACCAUG